AUGUCGUCUGUUUCUAGCCAGCCACAGUUCCGCUACACCCAACCUCCAUCAAAAGUUCUCCAUUUGAGGAAUUUACCAUGGGAAUGUACUGAAGAGGAAUUGAUCGAACUGGGGAAGCCAUUCGGGAAAGUUGUUAACACAAAGUGUAAUGUUGGUGCCAAUCGAAACCAAGCUUUUAUUGAAUUUGCAGAACUAAACCAAGCUAUUGCUAUGAUAUCGUAUUACGCAUCAUCAUCUGAGCCAGCUCAGGUACGAGGGAAAACCGUCUACCUACAAUAUUCCAACAGGCAAGAAAUAGUGAACAACAAAACUACUGCAGAUGUUGCUGGGAACGUGCUUUUGGUGACAAUUGAAGGGAAUGAUGCACGUCUUGUCAGUAUUGAUGUCCUACACUUGGUAUUUUCAGCAUUUGGUUUUGUGCAUAAGAUUACUACCUUUGAAAAGACUGCUGGAUUCCAGGCACUGGUGCAGUUUUCUGAUUCAGAGACCGCUUCUGCUGCCAAGGAUGCUCUUGAUGGAAGAAGCAUUCCAAGGUAUUUGAUCCCAGAGCUUGGACCAUGUUCACUUAAAAUAACAUAUUCUGCACAUACAGACCUGAGCGUAAAAUUCCAGAGUCAUCGUAGUAGGGACUAUACCAAUCCAAUGCUCCCUGUUGCUCCCUCAGCUAUAGAUGCAAGUGGCCAGUUCAGCGUAGGAGUUGAUGGCAAGAAAUUGGAACCAGAGAGCAAUGUUCUACUUGCUUCCAUUGAGAACAUGCAAUAUGCAGUUACCUUGGAUGUGCUACAUACGGUCUUCUCUGCAUUUGGACCAGUCCUAAAAAUAGCCAUGUUCGAUAAAAAUGGGGGUCUUCAAGCCUUGAUUCAGUAUCCUGAUGUCCAGACAGCUGUUGUGGCAAAAGAUGCCUUAGAAGGCCAUUGCAUAUACGACGGAGGAUAUUGCAAGCUUCAUAUCUCCUAUUCUCGACACACUGAUCUCAGCAUUAAGGUCAAUAAUGAUAGGAGCAGAGACUAUACAAUCCCUAACACUCCCGUGUUGAGUUCUCAACCCUCGAUAUUAGGGCAACAACCUUAUGCUGUUGGAGGUCCAGGUGUCCAACCCUUUGGUGGACCACAAUAUGCACCUGAUCCCCGUGCAAUGCCUCCCCCUUCGGCCGGUUGGAACCCAGGUCUCAUGCCUCAAUCUAUGCCAAUGCAAAUGCAUAACUACCCUUAUGGGCCACCACCUCCUGCAGGAGCACCUCCAAUGGGCCCAGGUGCAGGCCCAAUACCACCCAACACCCAGAAUGGGCUGCCACACUCUUCUCCGAUUCGCCCUUAUCAUCACCAAUAG